ACCCAUAACUCAAAUGUGUCAAUACAUCCAACAACAAAAAUAUUCUUCUUACUAAAAUGAGUCACUUGACAACUUGUUUAGUGUUCUUCCUCCUUGCCUUUGUGACUUACACUUAUGCAUCUGGUGUAUUUGAGGUCCACAACAACUGCCCUUACACCGUAUGGGCCGCAGCAACCCCGGUGGGUGGUGGCAAACGUCUCGAGAGAGGUCAGAGUUGGUGGUUCUGGGCCCCGCCGGGCACUAAAAUGGCACGUAUAUGGGGUCGUACUAAUUGCAACUUUGAUGGUGCUGGUAGAGGUUGGUGCCAGACUGGUGAUUGUGGUGGGGUCUUAGAAUGCAAAGGUUGGGGUAAACCACCAAACACCUUAGCUGAAUACGCCUUGAACCAAUUCAGCAACCUAGAUUUCUGGGACAUUUCAGUAAUCGAUGGAUUCAACAUCCCUAUGUCUUUUGGACCAACUAAGCCUGGGCCUGGAAAAUGUCAUCCAAUUCAAUGUGUUGCUAAUAUAAAUGGUGAAUGCCCUGGUUCACUUAGGGUACCUGGUGGAUGUAACAACCCAUGUACCACAUUUGGAGGACAACAAUAUUGUUGCACCCAAGGUCCAUGUGGUCCAACAGACUUGUCAAGAUUUUUCAAACAAAGAUGUCCUGAUGCAUAUAGUUACCCUCAAGAUGAUCCAACAAGUACAUUUACUUGCCAAAGUUGGACUACUGAUUACAAAGUUAUGUUCUGUCCUUAUGGUUCUACUCACAAUGAAACAUCAAGUUUCCCAUUGGAGUUGACUACAAGUACUCAUGAAGUUGGCUUAAUUAAGUAGAUUCAUGAAUGGAACUAGCCAUCUCUUUCUUGUUAAUUUGCUUGAAGUUGAACAUUGUCAUCUAUUUGUCUACAUACACAUUUCUUUUACAUUUGUUUUGCUUGAGGGUUGCUAAUAUCUGAAUAACGAUCUAUCGAUCGAUCGAUCACAUAUUGUAUUUUAUCUUACAACAUUAUAUUUUAUUUUUAAAUCAAGAUUGCAUUUGGAGUA